AAAACGAAGAAGAUCGCGAAGAAGAAGCGCUGGCAAUGGAUGCUGCAUUACUCAGCAGACUUGCUUCUUCUGCUGCUCCUUCAUUGACCUCAGCUGCUGCUUCAUUGCAGCAGCAGCAGCAGCAGCAGCAAGAGCAGCAGCAGGAGCAGCAGCAAGAAGAGCAGCAACAGCUGCAAGAGCAGCAGCAACAGCUGCAAGAGCAGCAGCAGCAAGACCAACUACCAGAACAACAGCAGCAGCAACAAGAGCAGCAGCAGCAGCAGCAGGAAGACCAGCAGCAGCAAGAGCAACAACAGGAGCAGCAGCAGGAUCAGCAGCACAACCACUACCAACAACAACAGCAACAGCAGCAGCAGCAGCAGCAGCAGCAUGACGAUCAACAGCAGGAGCAUCAAGACGAUCAGCAAGAGCAGCAGCAUCAAGACCAGCAGCAGCAAGACAACCACCACCACCACGAUCAGCAGCAGCAGCAGCAGCAGCAGCAGCAGCAGCAAGAGGAGCAGCAGAGACGCUUAGUAGUAGAGUAUUUAUCAGGUGCUACUUCAACAGCAGAUGCACUGUUAGCUGCGAGUCGUCGUUUAACUUUUUCUGUUAAGAUCCCCGGCAUUAGUUUUCACAAAGGCGUCGAGAGCUGGCUAUGCAGCUGGAAGGAGAAUGAUAAUAG